AUGUCUCAGCCAAUUGUGCAAUGGGAUCCCAAUCAAAAACGAUACUUUCGUACAUUGAAUAACGUCUCGGAAUGGAUGCCAGUUGGCUGGCAACCCCAGCAAGAUCCGUCAGCAACAUUACUCUCGAACUCUCAAGUACGACAACGCAGCGAUCUCGCGUACAACCUGUUGACUCCGGGAUGUGUCGUUAGGCAUGUUUAUAAUUCAGGAGUAUCAAGUGCAGGUGCGAGCGCUUCGUAUCUCCAGCCGAACGUCUCCUAUGGGGCUCCGCAAAACCAUGGCUUCAUGCCAGAAUACUACCCCUCUCAAGCCCCUUCAGAGUAUGCUGCUCAAGGGCAAUACGCAAAUUACACAGCAUCGGGGUACUCUCAGGAUGCUUCAUUGCCGAUGAAUAACUUGCCCCAGGGGGUCUCUCAUUAUAGAAAUACCAACGUUGGUCAUGUUCGUCGAUUGCCUAGGGGCGAAGGCGACAGUAUUAAGGGAACCUAUGACGGGCCGUCAACCCUUCAUUAUGAGGAAGUCGAUCCUGCAUACUUCGUCAGGACCAAAGCGUUCUUCCAUGAGGGGAGGGUGUUUUCCGUCAUCAUGAACGAAGCAGCAGGGGUCAAUGCAUCUCCAUGCAACCCAACCGACUACAACACUUCUGGUUCCAUCAAUACUGUAAGGUGGAAAGGCAAUCUCGUCUACACGAAUAUUCGACGCUUCGUCGUAGUCCGUCAGAGACGUGAGUUUUGCUAUGCUUGCCCAAUCUUUACAUAUUCAGGAAAUGCAACAACCAAGAGAGGUGUCAGAGCAGCAGAACACGGUAUCGCUUAUUCAUGGGGCCAGGAGCCUAAUCUCAUCCAAGGCGAAAGAGGUAUUACCAAAGCAUCCUUACCUGUCGUCAUGGCGACAAAUGAAUCGAACUUAGAUCCCGCUUCUCGUAUCUAUUAUGGCAUUCAUCAUCCCAUUCAGUACAACGUCAAGGUAAAAGAAAUUGGUUGCGUUCCAGAGGCCUACAUUACCACGCUCAUUGGUAACUGGAGGGAGGAAGAGGGGCGGGAAGAAGGCCAGAAGCAAUCAUCCGCAGUGACAGCUCAAGCCGAGAUGCCUCAAGAAGAAGACGACGACGAGUACGCAUACGACUAG